GUUCACAUUUUAAUGCAAAAAGAUUAGAAAAAGAUAAUUCUGAUAUUUCUGAAGAUGAAUUUGACAAUGAACAGGGAUCAAGUAAUAAAUCAAAAAAUAUACCUAAGCUUUCCAAUAUUAAACUCAUUUAUCUUCCGCCUAACACAACAGCUCAUUUACAGCCUAUGGAUGCAGGAAUUAUCCAUAGUUUUAAAGCAAAAUACAAACAAGAAUUUUGUAGACAUUUAAUUCAACAAUUUGAUUCUGAAAUAGAUCAUAUAAAAACAAAUUAUCAAUUUAUACAAUCUGAAGAAAAUGAAGAAAGUGAUAGUGAUGAAGAAGAAGAAAUAUUACUAGUAUUAGUUAAAGAUGCAGUUAGUGAGUUGGAAACUUUUAUUAAAUAUUUUGAACAACAAGAUAAUAACUCUGAAUUUAAUGUUGAUGAUUUGUGA